AUGAUUCAAACGGGGCGUCCAGAAGACUUCUUGAGCAAGAAGCUUUUUGCUUUUUGUCUCUUUUCAAUUGGAUUCACCAUUUUCCUGCUCUUUGGCUCUCCAGCUCCACCAUCCCCGGACGAGCUCAAUAGCACUUCUGUCUCGGACCAACAUCGCCCAGCCAUAUACAAAGGUCGCCAGGCUAUCAGUACAUUCCUAGCUACCAAGUCCAACGCGAAGGCAGGGCAGGAUGACAACGAAGAUAGCUACUUCGUGAGCGCGCGGACGCUCGUAUAUCAAUUGCUUCACUCUCCCACCACCAAGCUCCAACACCCAAUCCCCGUUGUGGUGCUCGUCGCCAAAGAUGUCGGGGAGAGCAAGCGUCAAACUCUUCGAAGCGAUGGUGCCAUCGUUGUCGAAGUUGAGGACGUUACACAUAGCACGCCAAUUGCUGCCGAACGCUGGACAUCUAUGGCCACGAAGCUGCACGUCUUCGAUCCCACCGUUGUGCCCUACGAAAAAGUCCUCUUCAUGGACGUAGACAUGGUCCUGACUCGUCCCAUCGACAAAAUCUUCCAAGAACUCAGUACCGAAUUGGGCCCAAUUACCAAUGCCACCCAGGUCGACGCUGAACUCGGUCCUCUUCCCGAGCAAUACAUUCUAGCCGCUUCUCCAGAGUCACACCAGAAGGACCAUGCAUACCCGUUCCUCGACUCUGAUCACACAGUCAGCACCUUCAAUAGCGGCUUAUUCAUGUACUCUCCCUCCAUCGAGAUGUAUCAGUACUAUAUGCGGCUUCUCGACCACCCUGAUCUCUACUAUACCGGCAUUCCGGACCAAGAUCUCCUCAACUACGCACAUCGCUGGGGCGGACCGAUGUCGUGGAAACGCCUCAACUGGUCCUGGUACAUCAAUUUCCCUAACGAGAAUGAUCUGCAAGGUGGAAUGGCUUUAUUGCAUGCCAGAUGGUGGGAACAAGGAGCGUCUGUUUCUAGCGAAUCCGUCGAGCAAUUUGCUUUUGCUCGUAGGUGGGAAAUGGAGGGAUAUUGGAUGGGCCAAAAAGCCAAGACUAGUUCUUGA